AUGAUCAAGAAGAAGCUUGUGAAGUACUUUGUGGUUGAUGCAUUCACUGAGUCAGCCUUCAAAGGGAACCCAGCAGCAGUGUGUUUACUUGAAGAAGGACAUGAGAGAGAUGACUCUUGGCUUCAGUUUCUUGCUGCUGAGUUUCACCUUCCGAUGACUUCUUUUCUUCUUCCCAUCACGGGCUCUGAUCCUCUACAUCCACCUUAUAGAUAUAUAUGUGGUCAUGCAACAUUAGCAGCUGCUCACACUGUAUUCUCAAACGGACUGAUCGGUUCUUCUGACACGGUUGAGUUUUCAACUCACUCAGGGAUUCUAACUGCUAAAAGGGUCGAUGAUUGUGAAGCCAAAGGAUCUUUCUUCAUCGAACUGAACUUCCGUGUGAUUACAACUUGCGAGUACAGCUCCAGUGAUCUCUCCAUGUUGGCUAAAGCCUUGAACGGAGCUACCAUUGUUGAUGUUGUGCUUUCAUCUUGGGAAUCUGUCAUUGAGUUACAACCAAAAACUGAUGACAUCAUGAAAUGUCCUGCCAAAGUGAUUAUUGUUACCGCUGCUGCUCCUUAA